GACAAAGAUGAAAGAAUUAAUGUGAGCUCUUUCAUCGCUUUUGUAAUCGCGUUUUUCAGCAUUAUGAUGGAUAAAAUGCUAUUAUAAUUUAAAAGUCUUAAAAACGUGCCUCAAUAAUCGUAAUAUACACGUGCAGUGGAGAGACAGUUAGUUACUUUUUACAAUUUUAUGAUUACCUUGUUUCGUUUGACAAAUUGCGCUAGACCGCAUAUAAAAUGGCAGCCCUACCACGUAGAAUUAUCAAAGAGACACAGCGGUUGAUGCAAGAACCUGUGCCGGGUAUUAGUGCAGUGCCAAGCGAAACAAAUGCACGUUAUUUUCAUGUAAUCGUCACUGGUCCAGAGGACUCGCCAUUCGAAGGAGGGCUAUUCAAAUUAGAACUAUUCCUGCCAGAAGACUAUCCAAUGUCGGCUCCUAAGGUUAGGUUUAUAACCAAAAUAUACCAUCCGAAUAUAGAUCGACUCGGUCGCAUAUGCUUGGAUAUAUUGAAAGACAAAUGGAGCCCUGCUCUACAGAUUCGUACAGUACUGCUUUCUAUUCAGGCGUUACUAUCGGCCCCGAAUCCCGAUGACCCACUCGCUAACGACGUUGCAGAGCUUUGGAAAGUAAACGAAAGUGAGGCGAUUCGAAAUGCUAAAGAGUGGACAAGGAGAUACGCCAUGGACAACUGAACAAAAAGUAUAAUAUCCAGUGCCUCCCCCCUCGCGAGACAAGUGGUAGAAACUAACAUAAUUAUAAUAUUAUCAUGAUUUAAGAGUGCAACACUUGUUACAAUGAGAACAGUAACUCGUGAAGAGACAAUUGAGACCAAAUAUUGGCUUGGGCUGGAGCUUUCUUAUAUCUGUGUGGCACAGUCUGCACGGUCGGGUUUGCAUUUGACCAUAACCUCAUACUUUGUCAAAACAAAGCUCGAUAGCUCCCACACAUCAUUGUUUACCCUUACACAUGUAGCUUCAUUACAAUAUUAGGUAUGCAUAUUUUUUUACUGUAUUUUAAAUAGCAAAUUAAAACAUUGGGAGAAAUGAAAUGUAUAUAUUCCUGUUUAUGAAAUUAAUUAAUUUUAUACAAAGGAUAGUGUGUGAUGCCACAAAGUUCAUUGGCUUUGUCAGAAUCUUAUCAAUUAUCAUUAAGUGCUAAGUAAAUGCAAUAUGUUAUCAGUAACUGAUCUCUAGUGAUACAGAUUGUUUUGUUCUCUCAUCAUAGAAAGUGGACAUAUUAUGUUAUUUUAUUCCCAGUGAUCUUAAUAUUAUGUCAUCAUUAUUUUUCUGUGAAUCUUAUGUACCAUUAUUUUUUUUGUAUAAAGUAAAAUUGUAUUUAUGUAAAUUUAAUUUGGCUUUGUGAGCAACUUCGAAAUACAAAUAUACAAAAGCUAA